CUAGCAACGAGCUGGACACGCUCCACUCGCCCAUGGGAUCUUGUUUGUCUUUCAUCGCUCAGAAGAUAACCCAGCCAUAGCCUUGCAUCAACUCGGCCACUUCGGGGACUGGGCUUCUGCAUUGGAGCACAGCGAAGGGAUGGCCUUGAACUAGACAUGAAUCCGCGCUAAUACCUACCGAAUGAACUGUGAAAUGCGCUACUACCCACGUGUUCCUCUCGAUGCGGUGCUUCGUGUAGCAUGGAUUGCGGUUCUUCUCGACAUAAUGGCCGCAUCCUCCAGCGAUUGCCUCGCUUCACGGACUUUCGCACUCGGUUUCGGGGCGGGGCUCGGUCGUUUCGGUGAGGGUGGGCGGUCGGCCACCUCGAUCACUGCCUCAGGUUGCGCCGCCGCCGCCAUCUCGCGAUCCCUUGGCAGGGCGGCUCAACUUCCGAAAAAGCCGAUUUUCUGUUGGAUUGAGCAGACAAGUACCGCCUUCAGUGAUAUGCAAAGCUGCCUCUACUUCUGGAACUUCUACGAGUUCUUGGGGUGAUUGUUGCCCAAGAGCCACAUGACAGGAAUAGGCGU